CUCAGCUAAAAAAGACCCCAUUAAAUUAACUUAUUGGUUAUUUAUAUUUAAUUUUUUUAAAAAAUUAACUUUAUUUUUGAAAAUAUACUGUCAUGAUAGCAAUUGCCUACUCUACUCUUUUCUUUCUUCACAGUUAUCAUGGUUGUCCAAAGUUCAAAACUUUACUAGCCCCCCCCAAAAAAAAACAAUCUUUUUUUCUUUGAAUUUUCAUUUUUUACUCUAAUGAGUGAAGAUAUAUCAAAUUGAAGUUCCAAGAUUCAAUCUUUAAGUAGAAAUUUCAAAUGGAUUUGUUUGCUUUGAUCUUAAAAUCAGUUUUGGUGACUACCCUUUUCUGCAUUUGCCCUCUUGCUCUCACACCAGAUGGCAUGGUUUUGCUUGAACUGAAGAAUGUUUUGAAUGAUACCAAAAAUGCCCUUGGUAAUUGGAGAGAUACUGAUGAUUCACCUUGUCUAUGGACUGGGAUUUCCUGUAAUUCCGAGGACCAAGCUGUCAUUUCUAUAAAUUUGCCUUACAUGCAACUUGGAGGAAUAAUUUCUCCAAGCAUUGGGAAGCUAUCUAAACUUCAAAGACUGGCACUUCAUCAGAACAGUCUGCAUGGUUUUAUUCCUCAUGAAAUUGCAAAUUGUAGCGAGCUCAAAGCAUUGUACUUGAGAGCUAACUAUCUGCAGGGUGGCAUACCAUCUGAGAUUGGAAAUCUCUCUUUUCUCAACAUACUGGAUUUGUCUAGCAACUCAUUGAAAGGUGCUAUCCCUUCCUCCCUAGGGCGUCUCACCAGGCUUCACUAUAUGAACUUGUCAACAAAUUUCUUCACUGGCGAGAUACCGGAUUUUGGUUCUCUCAGCGCUUUUGGGAAUAAAUCAUUUAUUGGUAAUUUGGACCUUUGUGGGAGACAAGUGCAUAAACCAUGCCGGACUUCACUUGGAUUCCCUGCAGUCUUACCUCAUGCAGAGAGUGAUCAAGCUGCAGGUCCAAGUAAGCGGUCAUCUCAUUAUGUCAAGGGAUUGUUGAUUGGGGCAAUGUCCAUGCUAGGAAUAGCUCUUUUAGUGGUCAUUGCACUCCUAUGGGUUUGGUCAGUAUCAAAGAAAGAAAGAGCUGCUAAGAAAUACACAGAAGUCAAGAAGCAAGUUGAACCUGAAGCAGGAACCAAGCUCAUCACUUUCCAUGGCGAUCUUCCAUAUCCCUCAUUUGAGAUCAUUGAAAAGCUGGAGGCUCUCGAUGAAGAAGAUGUUGUGGGUUCGGGAGGAUUUGGAACUGUGUACAGAAUGGUAAUGAAUGACUGUGGCACAUUUGCUGUUAAAAGGAUUGAUCGCACUCGUGAAGGAUCCGAUCAAGUAUUUGAGCGGGAAUUGGAGAUUUUGGGCAGCAUCAAGCACAUUAACUUAGUAAACUUGAGAGGCUAUUGUAGACUGCCAACUUCGAAGCUUCUCAUUUAUGAUUAUUUGGGCAUGGGCAGCCUUGAUGAUGUGUUACAUGAACAAGGUUAUAGUAACGAAGUUAUAAGCUGGAGUUGUCGUUUGAAGAUAGCCCUUGGCUCUGCUCGUGGGUUAGCAUACCUCCAUCAUGACUGCUGCCCAAGGGUAGUACAUCGUGACAUAAAAUCAAGCAAUAUACUUCUUGAUGAAAAUAUGGAGCCGCAUGUGUCUGAUUUUGGUCUUGCAAAGCUUUUAAAAGAUGAAGAAGCCCAUGUUACAACUGUUGUUGCUGGUACUUUUGGGUACUUGGCACCUGAGUAUUUGCAAAGUGGAAGAGCGACAGAGAAGUCAGAUGUUUACAGCUUUGGUGUUCUUCUGUUGGAGAUUGUGACAGGAAAAAGACCAACUGAUCCAUGUUUUGUUCAGAAAGGCUUAAAUGUUGUUGGUUGGAUGAACACACUACUGAAAGACAACAAAUUAGAGGAUAUAGUAGAUAAAAGGUGCCGUGAUGUGGAUCCAGAAGCAGCAGAGGCAGUACUCGAUCUAGUAUCCCGAUGCACUGAUGCAGAUCCUGAGCAUAGGCCAUCGAUGAACGAGGUUUUGCAGGUUCUAGAACAAGAGGUCAUGUCUCCUUGCCCUAGUGAUUUCUAUGAGUCUCAAUCAGAUUAUUCGUAAAUGACAGUUGACCAUGAAAUCUAUGUGGUCUUAGCUGUCUUAGUGUAAGUUGCAAUCCUGCCUUGGGGUUCUGUAUAUGAAAAGAGUUACUGUCAUUUGAGUAAUAUUCCAUGAUCAAAGCUUCAUUCAUUCACUGUA